AUGGCGGAUCCCAUACAUCAUAUUGCUAUUCUUGGAGGAGGUGCAAUCGGCUCGUCAAUUGCAUACCACAUAACAUUGCUAAAUAAAGAUCCAAACUUGAAAGUCACAGUCUUUGAAAAAACCGCGAUCGCAUGUGCAGCUUCGGGUAAAGCUGGAGGUUUCCUUUCUUAUGACUGGUGUGAUGGUGGCCCCCUACAAGAUCUUGCAAGGAAAAGUUUCAAAUUACAUGCUGAACUUGCUAAGACAUUAGAUGGGAAAAGAAGAUACGAUUAUCGUGUGGUAGAUACAUUAUCGAUAACAGCCUCUACAAAGUCAGCAAGUGUAAAACCACCUCCAACAGUUUGGUUAAAACCUGGCGUAGUGACAAAAUCUAAAAGUAUUGGUACGACACAAACAACAGCUCAACUUCAUCCUUACAAAUUCACUAAAACGUUAAUUGAGGAGGCAGAAUCCAGAGGUGCCAAAGUUAUGAUUGCGAAUGUUGUAGGCCUAGAAUUUGAUAAAUUUAGAGUAUCAGGGGUUCGUCUUUCAACAAACGAGAUAAUUCCCGUAGAUACGGUUAUUAUAGCUAUGGGUCCUUGGAGUGGAGAAGCUCUUUCAUGGCUAGUAAAAAAAAGCGGUCGUGCUUACCAAUUGCCUGAUGUUUCUGGACAAAGGGCACACAGCAUUGUAUUACGACCAAACGUUGAUAUAUCAGCGCAUGUAUGUUUCGUAACGCUAAACCUUGGUCAUAAAUAUGCUGAGCCUGAAAUUUACCCGCGUCCGGAUGGUGAAGUAUACGUUUCUGGAGAAUGCGACGAAUCACCUCUUCCAGCUAGCGCCGAAGAAUUUGUUCCUAAUCCUACUGCUAUUAAAAACCUAAAAAAUACAAUGAACACGCUUUCUCCAGAUAUUCUUGGCAGUGCAACUGUAGUACGCGAACAAUGUUGUUACAUGCCAAUAUCUGAAGAUGACAAACCAUUGAUUGGAAAAGUUCCAUGGCUUGAUGGGGUUUAUCUUGCGACAGGUCAUUCUGUUUGGGGAAUCUUGAAUUCUUCUGGUACAGGAAAGGUCAUUGCAGAAAUGGUAUUGGAGGGUCAGACGAAGUUUGCUGAUGUAAGAGGAUUAGCUCCUAUGAGGCCUAAAAAUUAUAGUGUACAAUAA